AUUCAGCCUCAGUACCAGUCAAGAGUGCGCUUCGAUCAGCAGCAUACCACAGAACAGAGCAGGGACGGAGAAUAGAGAGAUAAGAGGCUGCCUUCUACAUGCCGCUGUCGCCCGUUUCCUAGUGGGCAUUCUCAAAUUGGACCGCGAAGAAAGAGGGACUUUUCACAACGCAUUCGAAAAAGGAAUUUGUAUCAUGUUUCUUACUGCGGGCGCUCUAUUGAUGCUACUGGCAGCUGUGCAGGUUGCUGUGCAUGGCGGAGGGGCCCUGGGGUCAUUGCCACGGAGGCAGAGGUCGUUCCCGUGCACACAAGGUUUCUCCCAGGAGGAGUACAGUAUUGCCGUGGAUGAGGAGCUGAGAGAGGGACAAGCACUCCUCACCGUGAGGUUUGCAGAUUGCGGCCUGGGCGACAGGGUUCUGUUGGAGGUGGGCGACGCGGAGCACUUCAGGCUGGGUGAAGAUGGCAUGGUGUACACCCGGCACUCCCUCCGUCUUACGGACAGGAAGAGAGCCUUCCUGGUGGUGCGAGCGAGGGAUCAGAAAACCAAGGAGGAGUGGAACACACGCGUUCACCUCCACCUCCGGACAGAUGGACAGGGGGAGACGACAGAACACAACAAACAGGUGAACUCCAGUGAUGCAGCUGUGAUCAUGUUUCCAUGGCGUAGCGUGGUCGUCAGGGGUGAUGGAUCUCUGAGGCGGGUGAAGAGGGACUGGGUCAUCCCCCCCAUCAACGUCCCUGAGAACUCACGAGGACAGUUCCCAGAGGAACUAGUCAGGAUCCGGUCGGACCGUGAUAAGAACCGUCUCCUCCGGUACAGUGUGACUGGACCCGGUGCUGAUCAGCCUCCAACCGGGAUCUUCAUCAUCAACCCCAUCUCUGGUCAGCUCUCUGUGACCAAACCCCUCGACCGCGAACACAUCUCCAACUUCCAUCUGCGAGCCCAUGCUGUGGACCUGAAUGGGAACCAGAUAGAGAACCCCAUAGACAUUGUCAUCAAUGUCAUAGACAUGAACGACAACAGACCAGAGUUCACACACACCAUCUACAAUGGAUCAGUACCAGAGGGCUCCAAACCAGGGUCCUUUGUGAUGACAGUGACAUCAGUGGACAAGGACGACCCUAAGACAGCCAAUGGGAUGCUCCGAUACAAGAUUAUAUCUCAGAACCCUGAGAGUCCUUCUUCCAACAUGUUCACCAUCAACAACAAGACAGGAGGCAUCAUCACUGUAGCAGCAGGCCUCGACAGAGAGAAAGUUCCUCAGUACACACUGAUAAUCCAGGCUACUGACAUGGAGGGCAACCCCACCUACGGUCUGUCUAACACAGCCACAGCUAUCAUCAGGAUCACUGACGUCAAUGAUAACCCCCCAGAGUUCACCGCUGACACAUUUUAUGGAGAUGUGCAUGAGAACCGUGUGAAUGUGAUCGUAGCUAACCUGACAGUGACAGACAAGGACCAGCCCCAUACUGCAGCCUGGAGGACUGUGUACAGGAUCACCGCUGGAGACCCCACUGGACGCUUCUCCAUCCCCACUGACCCCACCACCAACGAGGGACUGGUCACUGUGGUCAAGCCCAUAGACUAUGAAGUCAGUCGUUCCUUUGUGUUGACGGUGCUGGCUGAGAAUGAGGUUGCCCUGGCCCGUGGUAUCCACCUGCCCCGUCAGUCCACCGCUACCGUGUCUGUACGCAUUGCAGAUGUCAACGAGAGCCCAGAGUUCUCCCCCAACCCUAAAGCCAUCAAACUGGAGGAGGGGCUGCCAGCCGGCUCGCUACUCACCACCUUCACAGCACAGGACCCUGACAGAUACAUGCUUCAGAACAUACGGUAUUCAAAGCUGUUUGACCCUGCUAAUUGGUUGGAGAUAGACCCUGUAAAUGGGCGGAUCUCCACCAUCGCUGUGCUGGACAGAGAGUCUCCCUAUGUGAAGAAUAACCUCUACAACAUCACCUUCAUGGCCUCUGACAAUGGCAUCCCCCCUGCCAGUGGUACGGGUACGUUACAGAUGUACCUUUUAGACAUAAACGACAAUGCUCCUCAUGUCUUCCCUCCGGAAGUGGAGAUGUGUGAGAAGCCUGAGCCCAACGCCAUCAACAUCACCGCCAGCGACCCAGAUCUGACCCCUAAUGCCGGCCCCUUUGCCUUCGAACUGGCCAACCGGCCGGCAGACGCACGACGAAACUGGACCCUCACACGCCUCAAUGGUGAAUAUGCUCAGAUCAGGCUGCGGAUAGGUUUUCUGGAGAGUGGUAUCUACGAGGUUCCAAUCAUCAUCACAGACUCAGGCAACCUGCCCAUGUCCAAUACAUCCUACCUGAGGGUCAAGGUGUGUCAGUGUGAUCACCAUGGAGAUUGUGUGGACAUGGAACGCAUCAUCGCAGCAGGCCUGGGCACUGGAGCCAUCAUCGCCAUCCUCAUCUGUAUCAUCAUAAUGCUAGUGAUGGUGUUGUUCUUUGUGAUGUGGAUGAAGAGGAGGGAUAAGGAACGUCAGGCUAAGCAGCUGUUGAUCGACCCGGAGGACGAUGUCAGAGACAACAUACUGAAGUACGACGAAGAGGGAGGAGGAGAGGAGGACCAGGACUAUGACCUGAGCCAGCUGCAGCAGCCCGAUGCGUUGGAGCCAGAGAUGGUAAAGGUGGGAAUCAGGCGUAUGGACGAGAGACCCCUCCACCAGGACCACCUGUACCCCCUCCGCUCUGCUGCACCACACCCAGGAGAUAUAGGAGACUUCAUCCAUGAGGGUCUGAAGGCAGCUGAUAACGACCCGACGGCGCCCCCCUAUGACAGCCUGCUGGUUUUUGACUAUGAGGGCAGCGGCUCCACCGCCGGCUCCCUCAGCUCCCUUCACUCGUCUUCCUCCGGCGGAGACCAGGACUACGACUACCUCAGUGACUGGGGCCCGCGCUUCCGCAAGCUGGCAGACCUCUACGGAGGAGGGGACGACUAAGACUAGCCCGCCGCUGGGGCCGGAGAGGGGUCUGGGAAGGGGCGAUUGGUGGUUGGGAUGGGGGUGAACGGGGAGGGGGGCUUUUUUAAGUCAUUGCCAUGGAAGGAGUGCUGGUUGUGAAGAGACUUUUAUUUUGGUGGACUGGAACACAGGAUCAGAAACUAAAUGGAGUACAUUGGUGUGGCAACUGCUAGCCUAGCCUGCUAGCAUGGAGGAUAAUUGAGGAUAGCGUGGGGUGUUAGACCACAUGCUAAGGGUCGCUAACAGUUCGAGUUUGUUUGUGUGGUGACUGCUAACUUAGCCUGUUAGUAUACAGGCUAAAUGAGGCUAACAGAGUGUUCGCCCACAUGCUUAGGGACACAACGCUCAGAGGACAACAUUGGAAGGAAACUGACCGUUGGUACUUUGACUGGUGGUUAACAGUGAAUGAGAGAGCCUGGGCUCUCACUCAGCGGUUAGCGAUACUAAAGACGCUCAGUUACACUUGAAUCUCACAGUACAGAAGCACUGGGGUAAAACGUGCCUUUUUGUACAUUCGUUUGAUUCUGUUUAAGUUUUCUGUUCAUCAUGACUUUCAAGGUCCUGACUCUCUGAUUUCAGGCUGUAAGAGAGAGGAUGUUUAAAAUGAGGAACGCACGCUUCACCAUGUGUGUGUGUAGUGUGUGAAAGUUUGUGUGUUUGGGUUACACCUCACUGAGUGUGUAUGCUAUCAUCAUUGCCAUGGAAACACACAGGAUGAACACUCCCCAUUGUUGGAUCGAGAGCAUUGAGUGAAGAGAUGUACAGUAAAUGAUAAAAGACUAGAUAGUUUCCGUCUUUUUCUUUGUUUUGCUUUAAGCUUUUUUUCACAUUCUAACUUAUGCAGCAGGUUGCAAACUAAAACGAGUCACCAGUCCUAUAUAUUGUAGCAAAGAUAUUGUUUUGAUACUCUUGAGGUUUGGUCGGUGGAGUCGAUCAAAAGUAGGGAUAAAUUCCAUUUCAUUUUCAGUCAAUUCAGGAGGUAAAUUGAAAUUACAAAUCCAAUUUUCCACAAUAUUUCUCUUUGAGAAUAAUGUGGAAUUGAAAUUUCAGUUUACAUCCUGAAUUGACUAAUUUAAAAAGGAAUUGAUCUCAACUCUGACUAAACCAAGAUGAUGAUAAUGAUGAAUAUGUUGAUUCUGUCCAUUCAUCUGCCUUAUUGUUCUUCUGGUUCUCAUCUCUGAUUGGCUACUCACUGUAAACACAAAUAUGUACAGAUUGUAUCUUAUUUUCUGUAGUUAUUUUUUGAGCGUGGUCUCUGAAACACAUGCUACUAUCCAGAACCCUGUAUAUGUAUAAUUUGGAUUACAGAUUAAACGUUUUUUGCAUG